AUUUUCUGUCUGCUAGCAACCUCAAGUUCCAUCCCCCAUAAGGAUUACCUGCCAAGGCCAGGGAGUGCCUCAGCCAGAAACACAGAGACAGCAAAUUGCAGUACAAUAUCAGAUGAGGGACAAGACAGCCAUGCAGGAACUCGAUUCCGAACACUUGAAAUGGCGUGGUAGUGUGAGAGCAAUCGUGGAUGCAACUAUAGACAAAGUGUGGGGCAUGGUUUCACAGACCAAGAGACUCCCAGAGUGGAUGCCAAUGGUCGAGAGGUGCACAGACCUCGCCGGAGAAGAAGGGCAGGUGGGUUAUGUGCGGUUAGUCUCCGGGUUCAUGUUCCCUCAAGAAGAUGGUGAAAGAUCAUGGAUCAAGGAGAAGUUGAUCUCCAUUGACCCAUCAUCCCACAGCUAUGCUUACAAGAUGGAAGCCAGCAAUGUUGGUCUGGAUGGUUCUGUGAACAAGCUCAAGCUUGUUGAUUAUGGGGGCCAAGGAUCAAGUACACUAGUUGUCUGGUCAUUUGAGAUAGACCCUUUGGAAGGUGUAUCUCAAGAUGGUAUUAUAGACUUUUUGGGGUUUGUUUACAAGUCUUCCAUUGCUAGGAUUGGUAAUGCCAUUCAAGCUGGAGCAACCCUAGCCUAA